AUGAUGUCAUUCUCGACAUCGGCUGCGGCGGUAAUUACCCUCACUUACUGUCUUAUUUGCUUCAUUCUUAUCGGAGAACACAGCAGGCGAGACGCUAACUCAUACCUAGACGGUAUUCUCGAUGUCGAGUUUGGCAAGAUUCUCGCCCAAGGCAGUGGCUCUCUCCACGGCAUCGACGCCUCGCCGUCUAUGAUCACUGCGGCCAAGAAGCUGGUCCAAAACGCCGGUCUCUCCAAUUGCCAGUUUGAAGUUCUCGACGCAACCAAGAUCAGUACCUCGCAGACGCCUUCACUCCAGACGCCAACUUUUACAAAGGCUUUCUCCAACGCGGCCCUGCACUGGAUCCUCCGCGCACCGGGGUCUCAAAUCCCUGUUUUUACUUCCAUCCGCGAUGCUCUUUUGCCUGGAGGUACCCUCGUUCUCGAGAUGGGUGGCCUUGGGUGCAUCUGUGAGAUGCGCACCGCUCUCCUCAUGGCCGUUGCCCGCAGGAUCGGCAUUGAGAAGGCCAAGGAGGUCGAUCCCUGGUUUUUCCCUGACGAGAACUGGCUGAAAAAUGUGCUGGAGAAUGAGGUUGGCGGAUGGAAGAUUGAAAAGAUUGAAAGGGAAUGGAGACCGACGAUGGCGGAUAAGGGGGGCGUUGAGGGGUGGUGUAGAUUGAUGGGCAAGGAGCUGCUUGAUGCCGUGCCGGAAGAGGAGAGAGAAGAUGCAGUGAGGGAAGUAACAGAUGUUUUGAGCGAAGUUUGCAAGGUUCCGGGUGGAGGCCAGAUGAUUAGUUAUGUCCGGUUGAGGUGUUUGGCGAGGAAAGUAUAG